UUUGGGAGUGUUUUCUUGAUUGCUCUCAUUGCUCUGGACCGCUGUAUUUGUGUCCGGCAUCCAGUCUGGGUCCAGAACCACCGCACCGUACGUCUGGCCAAGAGGGUGAUCGGUGGACCCUGGAUUCUUGCUCUACUCCUCACCUUGCCAGUCAUCAUUCAUGUGACUACAGUGACUGACAUAAGGGGGAAAACAAGGUGCACUUUUAAUUUUUCACCCUGGACCACAGACCCUGUAGAGAAGAUGAAGGUGGCCAUCACCAUGUUGAUACUCAGAGGUAGCAUCCGGUUCAUUAUUGGCUUCAGUGCACCCAUGUCCAUCGUUGCCAUCUGCUAUGGGCUCAUUGCCACCAAGAUCUACAGGCAAGGCCUAAUUAAAUCCAGUCGACCCUUAAGGGUUCUCUCUUUUGUGGUAGCUGCCUUUUUUGUCUGCUGGUUUCCAUAUCAGGUAGUGGCCCUCAUAAGCACAAUCAGAAUCAAAGAACUCUUGGGUGGAAUGAGCAAAGAAUUUAGAAUUUUAGUGGAUGUGACAAGUGCCCUGGCCUUCUUAAACAGCUGCCUCAACCCAAUACUCUAUGUGUUCAUGGGCCAGGACUUCCGAGAGAGACUGAUCCAUUCCCUGCCUGCCAGUUUGGAAAGGGCUCUGAGUGAGGACUCAGCCCAGACCAGCGACACAGCAACCAACUCUACUUCACCUUCUGCAGAGGCUGAGUUACGGGCAAUGUGAAGAGAGCGCCUUGGGGCAGUUUUGAGCUUCCAGUUCUGCUUCAUCUCACCUUGAGUUAUAUUGAGCCACAGACAUUCCCUGCUUAUCUUUGGAUUACACAGUCAUCAAAUAUUUUAUGUCUCAUGAUUUGGGUAGAAAAAUGAAUAUAAAGCUA